CAGUAUAGAGUUUACCUUCGACGCAAACUCAAGUACAUGCAUCAUAAUCUGAUGUAAACAUUGCAUGAAUUGCAAAUUUUACAAGCCUCACAUGGGUCUGAGCUGAAUGGGACACGUCCUACAAACACUCUGAGGUUCUCAUAUUUUGCCAAUGACAAUUAAUCAACGAUUGAUCUCCUGAGUUGAUCGGAUUAAUUUUGGGUUUGUUGGUAACAGGAGAAGUCCUACCAACACAAACUCGCACCACUAGAAAGUCAGGCCAUAUACAGAGAAGUAGCCCCACAUAUGUAUUAUAUAGGCGAACAGUACACAAUGGCGUGUAGUGGAGUACUGAAGGACAUAUAACAUGCUUGAUAUGUUGACAGUUAAGCUCUGUUGACCAUAAUCCUAAGCAGAUGUGGUGUUGGUAAAAGAACAAGCUCACUAUUGUUCCAUGAUGGCGGAGAGUUUGAAUGGGGAGGGGACUAUGGCCAUGCCGGGCCAGGGCCAGAAAACCAGCUACACACUUCCAGCCAUGAGAUACGUGAACAUAGUGCUCACAGUCGUUUUCAUUGAUGGCAUUGCCUCUGUUGUCCUGUGGUUGGCUGGUGGGGAUUCUGAUUACUUUAUAGACAGUGUUGCCAGUUUCCAAUUCAAAAAGUCUGUGUUUGACCUUGUGCUUCUGGCUUUCCUUAAAGUGUCUGUCCAUGCUCCAUCCAUAGCCUACCUGGAAGCUAUAGCUAUUCAACAGAUAGAUUAUCCUUAUAACCCAAGACAGAAGACAAUAGCAAGCCUGAUUAAUGCUGUUAACAUUCUUAUAAGCUUGGGAGGACUUGCAUUUUCAGUAACAAAAGGCAGUCUUGUGUUAUAUUCUGUGCUUCACGACUCUGGCUAUGUUCACAUGCAUGCAACUUACAAUGCCCUGCUGGUAUGUGCAGUGGUGCUCUCUCUUAUAGAGACUGGCUUGAUUCUCUACAGUUUCCAAGCUAUGCGGAGACUAAAGUUGAUCCGGAUCAAGCAUCUCUUCAAUGACGAUGGUGUGGAGGUGGACAAGGAGGGUAACCCUGUCAAGAAAGCAGUCAGCAUCAAGCGACUAGUCUCCCUUGCUAAACCUGAGUUCCCUAUGUUGCUGGGUGGGACCCUGAGCCUGUUCUUCUCCAGCGGUACACAGAUAGUGGCGCCACUUUACUUCGGGAAAGUUGUAGAUGCUGCCCAACACAGCAUGGAUGAGUUGAACAGGACUAUUUUAAUCCUGCUGGUGAUUUAUGUUGGUGGAAGUCUAUUCUCCAUGGCUCGCUCCUGGCUGUUCACUCUGGCUGGACAGCGCGUUGUGGCCCGGCUGCGGAAACAUCUUUUCAUGUCCAUUGUACAGCAGGAUGUUGCCUUCUUUGAUACCAACAGAACGGGUGAACUGUGCAAUAGACUGUCUUCCGACACACAAGUGCUUCAAAAUGCUGUCACAGUUAAUUUUUCAAUGUUGGCCCGCUACCUGCUGCAGAUGAUUGGUUCCCUGGUGUUGAUGUUUUCUCUCAAUGCUUCGCUGACUGGCGUCCUGCUCUCUGUGGUUCCCAUUGUCAGUCUUUCAGCGGUCCAAUACGGCAAGUUCAUGAAAAAGCUACGCCAGCAGUUCCAAGACAGACUUGGAGACGCAGGGACACAAGCUGAGGAAAGCCUUUCCAGUAUUCGCACUGUGCGCACAUUCUCGGCGGAACACAAGGUCGCCAACCUGUAUGGUGCAGACGUUGACAAGAGCUACCAAGUUGGCAAAAAAUUGGCAGCAGCUGGAGGAAUAUUUGAGGGUGGUGUGGGCAUGAUGGUUGCCGGCUCCAUCGUGCUUGUGUUAUGGUACGGCGGGAAGCUGGUCCAUGAAAACUACCAGAACCCAGGCUCUGGUGUGACUCCAGGCAUCUUCACUUCGUUUCUUUUGUACACCCUUCAAGUUGCCAUGGCGUUUGCCCUGAUGUCAGCCCUAUAUGGAGAUUUUAUGCAAGCAGUCGGGGCCUCUGUUCGGAUAUUUGAUCUGAUGGACAGGAAGCCAAAGGUACCCAAUGAAAAAGGCGAGAUAUUGGCCCAGCUGGAUGGACGAAUCGAGUUCAAGUCUGUUGAUUUCACCUACCCAUCAAGACCUGAGAGCAAAGUGAUUACAAAUCUAUGCCUUACGGUGGAACCAGGGGAAAUGGUUGCCCUUGUCGGACCAUCAGGGGGAGGUAAAUCCACCAUUGUCAACCUCAUAGAGCGCUUCUAUGACCCGGAUGAUGGUUACAUCACUCUUGGAGGGCAAGACUUGCGUGACCUUGACCCCAUGUGGUUUCGUCAGAAAAUCUCCAUGGUGAGUCAGGAGCCUACUCUUUUUGCCUGCUCGAUUAAGGACAACAUUGCGUACGGAAGGCAGGCGACACUUGAGGAGGUCAUAUCUGUAGCAAUGGAAGCGAAUGCUCAUGAGUUUAUAUCAAGUUUUGAAGAAGGAUAUGAAACAAAGGUCGGUGAGCGUGGUGUGCGUUUAUCUGGUGGACAAAAACAGAGAAUAGCCAUUGCUCGUGCACUCAUCAUGGACCCAACUAUUCUCCUGCUGGAUGAGGCAACAAGUGCGCUUGAUGCAGAGUCAGAGCAUCUAGUACAGGAGGCCAUAGAUCGUGCAAUGAAGGGUCGUACAGUCGUGGUUAUAGCACAUAGACUCUCCACUGUACGCAAUGCAUCAAAGGUGGUUGUAAUAGACAAAGGAGUGAUUGGAGAACAAGGUACGCAUGAGGAGUUGAUCAGGAAAGGCGGUGUAUACAAGAGGCUUGUUCUGCGGCAGCUGGAAGCAGGCUCCGUUGUCGACGAUCUCAUCAAUCUUGAACCUCAAAGCAAUGAAUGCCCACAGAAAACUGCACCACUCACUGGCUGAUGUUGAACAGGAAAAUACUGGUCUUAAUGAACGAUUAUGAUGGUAGAUUAGGCGUUAUCUUUAUAAUAUUUAUAAUGUAUGUAUGAAUUCAUUAUUUUUCUCUAUUUUGAUUUUGAGCUUUUUUUUAUUAUGAAUUAAAUCAUUUUAUAAAUCACACACCAUAUUCUGAGCAAUGGAAAUUCAUUUUAUUGUUGAUAAUGAACACAAUGAAGUGAAGAAAAUUUCGUAAAUCCAUAAUCAUGGACAUGAUUUUAUGUAUAAAUUGAUUAAAUUCUCAAAGUUUUGAUUGUAGGCAACAUAUAAUAUGUGAACAAUAAAUAACCAAAAUAUCAUGUCAUUAUUUUGGGUGUCUAUUGCAAACUUGCAUGCAUGUAAAUUUUAAGUGUUUGAUAGUGAUAAACUUUAUGUCAAUGUCUGUGAUAUCUACAUGUACAUAUAUUAUUCAUUUGAAUAAUAGUAUUAUUUUUUAGUGUUGAUACUUUUUGCAUGAUAAUAAUAAUUGUUAUAGAAAAUGAUACUGCAUUUGUAAACAACAAAAUGGACUAGCUGUUUCAUGGUCCCUAUUGUUGGUUUCAUCCUAUGGUAAUGUUUUAUUAUAUCUUAUUAUAAAACUGCUUUGCCAAAAUCUUCAAAUACAUGGGGUGUUUUAUUAGUAAUGUUAAGAAAGCUGCAAAAACACGUGAACUCGUGCACAUACAUGUAUAGCAUACCACUGGAUAGGAAAGCAGAUCAUUCUAUCGACCUAUCAAAAAGAUACAAGUUUUUCACAAGCACAAGUAGUUAAAUGUGAUUUUAAAGCAACAUAGCACGCCAUACUGACUGAAAUAUGGCUGAACCUGGUGAAUAUAUGGUAAAAGCGCAUCACAAGUUUAAACUUCUAGGAAAUGACUCUGCUCUACCAUACUGUUGCAAGAUGGGUAUCCUUUGACUGCAUGAACUAAGACACUGUUCUGUCUAAAAUAAUUGGUUAAGCGCAUUUAAUAAAUAUACACUUGUGCCAUUUUCUGUAUAUUUGUCUUAUUUAUCUAAGUUCAGACAUGUCUGUCAUUGCUGUUUGAAGGUGUGGCCUGACCUUCAUGAAUUCCCAUUCUAAACUGUAAAGGUAAUGUUGAAUGUUGGAUGACCAUUGUUUUGUUUUUGUUGUAUUGAAUUAAAACUAGAAACAUUA